UUUAUUUUAAACAGCAGAAUUUGAUGUAUUGUGCAACUGGAAAUAGAAAUAAAUUCCAUUCUUUCCAACCUUUUGACUGCGCAGUGAACUGAACCUGGGAACUAUGGGCGCACUAAUGGCCAAGACACUGGUGCUAGCGAGCACUCCUGAGGAAAAUGGCAGCUUUUGGAACAACGCCACGCGUAGCAAAUUCAAGCAAGGAACCAUGUGCAUCUUCAACGCACACAGCAAGAUGGUGAACGACACGGCCGCCGAAUGGGACGAGACGACGGCGUCGACGCUCUUUGCCUGGAGCCUGUCCGUGCAGCUGGCGCUGGGGUCCUUGCUGGCAGUCCACCACCAGCGGGCGCUUAUAGGAGACAGCAGCCAAAGAAAGGCCGCCCAGCGAACCCUGAUGCGGCGCUUCUGUCUGCUUUCGUGCGGGGCUGCUCAGGAGAGCGAGCAAAUGGCUGCUCGCGCCCGGUGUCUCGUGCCUCUGGUCGGCCUCUACGAGUUCACCGAGGCCUUUAGCUGCGCAAAGGGCUCUGCCAUGAAUCCGAUGGUCAGCUGCCACAGUGACAACCCACUGACUACAGACCAUGCCACCUAGUCCUGGAGGAGUGUGCACUUCACGUUAGCCCCAUCAUUUAACAGCGGAUUUCAGUUAAUUGAGGAGUGCCUCGUUGCAUCUAGUAUACAAGAGCCAAGGUUCAUUGAUGACUAAGACUUCAGGACAGUUGAUAUCCGAGCAUACUUAAUAUGCUUUAAAUGCGAUUGUUAAGCGGGCUCUGAGAAAUCGUGUUGCGUCGAAGUGUAAACCAAUCGAUUACGGUGCUUUAACACGAUGUGCCAAACAUUGUUCUUCUUUACGAGACUGGUUUCUUCUCUACAAUACCUUUUGGGAAAUAUAUAUUCUGGUGGUUCUUGUUAUGAACUACAUUUGUGGAUUAGAAAAAAUUUUACUUUAACAUAUUAUGGGAUUUUACGCGCCAAAACCACGAUCUGAUG